AGAGAGAGAGAGAGAGAGAGAGAAAGAAAGAAAGAAAAAAACAUUCAAACACGUAAAUAGUAAAACAUAGUCUUACAAGAAUGGAUGUAUCUAGCAAUUAAACACGAAGCAUUGUGCUAGUGUCGAGUUUUAUGUUAUAAGGUUUAUUAAUAGUCAACUUAAUCUGCGGAUUAAUAAAGUUUCCAAUGAUGUUUUCGUCUGGCCUUAACUGUAAUCUCUCCUUCCCCAGUUGUUUGGGUUAUCCACAAGAUAGUGAGGAAUUGAUCCCAAAAAUGGCACGUGAGCCAAUCAUUCUUAAUGUUUAUGAUAUGUAUUGGAUAAAUGAAUACACUACAUCUAUUGGUCUCGGUGUAUUUCAUUCUGGAGUAGAAAUAUAUGGAACAGAAUAUGCAUAUGGUGGUCAUGCUCAACCAAAAAGCGGCAUUUUUGAAAUUACUCCAAGAGUAGCUGACGAACUAGGCGAACAGUUUAGAUACAGACAGUCUGUUCACAUUGGAUAUACAGAUUUUACGGAAGAAGAUGUUUCAAGAAUUAUUGCAGAAUUAGGCAAAGAUUUUAGAGGAGACCGUUAUCAUCUGAUGAAUAAAAACUGUAAUCACUUCAGCAGUCAAUUCACAUUGAUUCUAUGUGGACAAGAAAUACCUGGUUGGGUAAAUCGUCUGGCUUAUUUUAGUUCAUGUGUACCAUUUCUCCAACGUUGUUUGCCAAAAGAAUGGUUAACGCCUGAUGCUUUACAACAUUCUUUAAGUCAAAUUAGUCAUCACGAAAGUACACCACCAUCGGAUACUUCGUUGUAACAUUUGGCUAACACUAUUGAAAUGCACGGUCUAAAAUGCCGUAGAAGUUAUACAUUUUAGAUAAUUAAACAUUGUGAAAAGAAAUGUUAAUUAGGACUGAUUAUAUUGCCAAGAUUUGAAAACUUGAGAAACCUGAGAAACUGAACCGUCAAGACAAGGUACAAAUUUGAUAUUGUACACUUGAAUGCGACUGCUGAUAAUUAGUACUGAAAAAAAUUGCCUUUGCUGCAGCAUGUUGUUUCCUAAGAUGGCGAUCCACAUGGUCGCAUGUGUUCUUUGUUAAAUAAUACAGUCAAGAUAUGAUAGUUACAUAAUGAAUAGAUAAUUACGCAUAAAAAUUUAAACCAUAAUGAGCAGAAAAAACUCAUUUGCCGACAAAAAAGAACUUGUUAUAUUAGCAAGAUG